UUACAUUGAGUGCAGGCUGUUUCAUCGGUCUGCUAACUACGUUAUCUGUGUACUACAAAAGCGUGGCCACUCCUCAACAUGACCUUUCGAGGAUGCAUGACGUUUUUGGUCUUAAAUUGUUUCAUCCGUCUGGUGUCUAUGAAAGACGAGAAACCUGCCAACAUAUACGAAAUUCCUGACAGAGAGAAAAGCUGCCGUCUAGGGAAGUGGGGUGAAAAUUGUGAAUUUACGUGCGAUCGUAACAACACCUGCAUCAUUAGAGGCAAUUGCAAUAGGAUGGACGGGGCUUGUACUGGUGGUUGUAUUGCUGGAUAUCAACCUCCAUUUUGUAACAAACCGUGCAGUCGAAGGACAUGGGGUAUCAGCUGCUCCACGCCUUGCCCAGAUUCCUGUUUGGACACCUGCGACCGUGAAAAAGGCUUUUGUAUUGGGCGCUGUAAGCCAGGACACCAGUGUUUGAAAAUUUUAGAGUGCGAUGCGCGAACUUGGGGAAUUGAAUGUGAGAAGAAAUGCGGCGAUGGAUGUGUAUUCAAAUGUGAUCGUUUUAACGGCACCUGUCUCGAGGGUUGCCGUGAUCGCAGGUGGGGCGAUGACUGCAGUCGCGCCUGCAGUCCUACCUGCAAUCAAGUCGCCUGUGAAAGAUCAAACGGCACCUGUACUUACGGUUGUGUUUGGGGAUAUCAGGGUCAUACAUGUCAAGAAUGUGUUCCUUGGAAGUGGGGUGACACCUGCGAAAUAGCCUGCAGCCCAAACUGCCUCAAUACUCACUGUGAUAAUGAGACAGGCGCCUGUAUUUAUGGAUGUAUUGACGGAUAUGAGCCUCCACGUUGUUAUGAAGAGUGCGGUAAAGGGUUUUGGGGAGCGAGAUGCGAAGAAAACUGCAGUGCACAUUGUGUAGAAGACACCUGCAACCAUACGGACGGCGAGUGCACGUACGGCUGUGAUCCUGGAUAUAGAGGACCAAAAUGUGUACAUGAAUGUAUAGAAGGGUCCUAUGGGAGAGACUGCUUUGGUGCAUGUUCUGUCUAUUGUUUACGCGACCGAAAAUGCGACCAUGUUAGCGGCUUUUGUAGAAGGGGAUGUGUUCCGGGUUUUGUGCCUCCAUUUUGUAACGACCCCUGCCCCGAUGGUACCUGGGGUCUCGGCUGUUCCAAAACCUGCAGCCCACAUUGCUUAAAGAAGGAUCGCUGCUACGUUAGAGAUGGGGCCUGCAUUGGCAGUUGUGAAGCAGGCUACAGGAUCCCUAACUGCACUGAUGCAUGUAGUGCUGGGACAUGGGGAUAUGGUUGCGAAAUGCUUUGUAGCCCAAAGUGCAUGAACAAAGAAAAAUGCAAUGCUUUAAACGGUACUUGUGAUGGAGGUUGCACCGCAAGCUUCAGGCCACCUGAUUGUAAUCAAGUUUGCCGUAAAGGAACAUGGGGUGAUAACUGCAAAAAUAUAUGCGACCAGAGUUGCCCAAAGGGCAUCUGCAAUCGUAUAAACGGGACAUGCAUUCAAGAGGCGGAUAUCAAGGGAGACCUCAGCGACAUGCUGCUGACAAUGAUGAUACUGAAACAUUUACAGGAACAACGUUGAAACCAUUACAAGCAAUAACAGCAAUUACAACGAAAACAGGCAUUACAAGCAUCAACAACCA